UUAAAUGCUGUCUGUCUGACAGCAUUAAAAUGUCUGAUUAAAUGUCUGAUUCCUUGACAACAACAGGAAGCCCGAUGCAGGAGGAUCGACAGACAUCUUACAUCUGUGAGGAAUGUAAGGAGUCCUGAACUCCAGCAGCAGAGUGUGCAGACGAGGAUUCCUGAGCUGGUGCCAUGGAGGAAGCCUACAGUGAACUGUACCAGCAGUUCCUUCACCUGAGGUCGCUUUGUCUGAGACAAGCUGCUCUGUUGCAUCAACUCACAACAGCCCUGCAGAAACAGCAAGGCGCCACUGUUUCUAAUGGAGAGUUAAGCUACAUGCUGUCUAUCCCCUGCCAGUGCAGCCAAGCAAUCCCUGUGCUCCUCCCUGAAAAGCCUCAACCAAUGAAGGAAGCACCACAGUGUUGCGACCAUCAGGUCUCCAGAAAUGUGUACACUUUUUCGGAUCUUCUCGGGGAAGAUAUGUCCAAGCUCUGCAUGGAUUUGCCUCUGCGGAGUGAGGAGGAUGGAAAGUUGGAGCUGAAGGUCGCACCUCGGUCAACCCUAGACUCCCCCAGGUGGCACGGAGCCUUAUCCGGUGAAUCAAAUAAUCCAGGGCAGGCAGAUCAUGGUGGUAGAGACAGAACUGUGCACACAUCAAGGAUGCCUGCGUCAGACAGUCGGUCCCGUGUCAUGGACUUCAUGAGCCAGCCUGGUGGGUUACUGAUGUCAGACGUGGCGCUGCAGUCACAUGUCUGCGACUUCUGCCAGGCGGUGUUCCCCGGAGACACAAGCACCAAAGGAGAGUUCAUACGACAUCUUCACACCCACAUCAACUAGACAGUGCGGACCAUGCACCUGGUCUUGAUAGAUGAGUGAUGAGUGUUUGCAUGAUGUGGUGGAGCAGGUAAAUCUCAGUUAACCUGAUCUCUGGAAACAAGUAGCAGUUUGCCUGCGGAUGAACUGGGCAGAUUGUUUUUUAGGGUUUAAAAUGAAGGGUUGAAAUAGAUUCCCUGUGCUCACAUGUAUAUGUUGGACAUAUUGCAUUUUAAAAGACUUAGUAAACCUAAAUUACACAUUAUAUCUACCACUAUAUAGCCAUGGUGUGAUUAAUCAAUAUUUUGAGAUGUCCUUCACUUAGAUUUAUGCCUUCACGCCAAUGCAUAAUAACAGAAUUUAAUUUGUUGUGCUCACAACAUUGUAGUAUUAUAUACAACUAAAAUGUCUCUGAACACAGCACAUAAGUCUGCUAAUGCCGAACAUCAUUAAAAUUCACUAAAUCUUGAUUUUUAUUUGGAUCUGCACCAUUUUACACACACACCCAUAAAUAUCAUAAAUAUCAGUCACCUUAACAUGACUGAUUUGUUUAUUCUACAUCCAUGAAUUAUUGUCUAGGAAAUCAAGGAAAAUGUUGCAAAAUGUCCUAUCUCGCAAUGUUAAAGAAAGUAAAAAUCCUUCCUCGAUCUGCCCCCUGAUCAGGAUCUAGGCCAACGAUUUAUGAGAUCUUUCCUGACCCAUCCCUCCAUCAAGUUUAAUGGUAAUCAGCCCCAUAGUUCUUAUGUCAUCCUGCUACAAUACAGACAAACAAACAAAACAGAUGUAGAGAACCACAUCUCUUAUUCAGUUAUUCUGGACUCUCCACAGACAUAUCAGUAUACAGUUCCUACAGAGACUUCCUUAAACAUUAACCAGAGCCAGUUCACUGUUUAAACUGUGUAAUGUAAGGUGCCUUUCAGAACAACAGCUUAUUAUAGCGUGUGUUCAUGUCCAUAUAGUUCCUACUCUUAUAAUUUAGCUUUGUAACCACUCUUAUAUUUUAUCUGUCAUUUAAAAUCUUCAAUAUUUCAUCUAGACUGAUUGUGAUCACCUCAGGUAGAACUAUGGUAACUGUGAUUUUUGUACCUUGAGGUAACAAGAAAUACCUUUAGUGCUAUGGAGAAUAUAAAUAUCCAGACAACACAAGACAUUUGUUUGAUGAACACCCUGAUCAUGAGCAAAAAUAUAAAAUACAUAAAAGCAUCUUCAGGGGAUUAAAGAAUAAACAAACAAAUAAUCUGUCAUGUUUAGGUAUUUCAAUCUGAGAUAUUAUUGUAGUUGUUUUGAAUGGUUAAUAUGAUGGAAUAAUUCAGUGAUGUCAGUUAUGGGGACUGGCAUAAGUCUUGUUUAUAUUUAAGCAACUGCUUGAAGGAAUUUUUGUUUUGCUCUCCUGUCUCACUCCGUUGUUGUUUGUUAUGAAUAAUUUAAACGGGACAGUUGAUUCUAACCAGUGAUUAUCGCAUCUUUAUUUAACUGCAACUUUGCUCGCCUGGUUUUUAUUGCAGAUUUUUGAUCAAUGUUUUUUAUCCUUGAAGAUUGUGUUGGACCUUUGUCUUUUCACUGUGAACAUUCACUUCUUCUGCCCUGUCUUUGUUUACAGCACCUAUUAAAUGAUCUAAUUAAUGAGAACCUCACAUUUAUCAGCUUUUUACACAUUUUUGACUUUGCAGUCCGUAAACAUUGCCCACACGCGUACACAGUGGACACAGCUCGUUGUGUUUAGGAGUAUAUUCUACAAUCUAUCAAGAUAUUUAUAUUUUCUUUGCCAGUGAAGUGCUUUUUAAAUAUUUGCUUUGAACCAAUCAGCUGUCUGCUGCUCAGCUCUGUGUUGCAGAGGAAAGAGCCUG